AUGGAUAAUAACUCAACUCAACAACAAAUAUUAAUAGAUAAGGAUUAUUACAAAAGACAAAUAGAGUUGAUUGAAAUCACUCAAGGAGCAUAUCGAGCACGUUGUCUUGAAUUGGUGACCAGACUCAAUCUUGCUGCAUUGUUGGUAGAUGAAAAACCACAUACUGUUGAUGAAUUGGCUGAAAAGAUGAAUGUCGAUGCUACAACAUUACAUAAGAUAAUGCGCGCACUUUCUACCAUUGGAGUAUUCAAACACCACGAUCAAGUAGAUGGUGUGUCAUCUAGAAUAUUCUCUCAAUCGGAUUUGUCGAGAAUGUUGAAUGACUCUUGCACCAAGGAUGCCAUUCUAUUCAAAGGUGGUGAUUGUUUGUACAAUGGUUGGAAUGAUAUUGGAGAAACACUCAAAACUGGAAAAGCAAGUGUAUGUCGCAGUUCUCUUGGAAAGGGGUAUUCUACUAUAUGGGAAUACCUAUGGGAUAAUCCAACGGAAUUAUCUCUCUUUGAAAGAGGAAUGACUGGAUUAACAACUCCACUCUUACCAUAUUUCCUUGAUAUGGCUGACUUUUCAAAGUUUAAACUUGUCGUUGAUUUAGGUGGUUCUCAAGGAAUAAUGAUACAAGAAAUAUUAAAAGCAAAUAAAAAUAUUGAAAAGGGAAUUAAUUUUGAUGUUCAAGAAACGAUUGAUAACAAUAAAAAGUUGGAUCGAUCAAAAGUAGAUACAAGAUUUAGUGAGGUGGUUGGAUCAUUUUUUGAAGAGGUUCCAGUUGCCGAUUGUUACACAAUGUGUAAAGUCAUUCAUGAUUGGGAUGCUCACGAUUCAAAAAGAAUUUUAGAAACUAUUGGUAAAUCAAUCAACAAAAAUGGAAAGGUCUACAUCUUUGACUUGAUCCUCGAAAAGGAUAGAGACUUUUAUACCUAUAGAACUUGGAUGGAUAUUGACUUGUGGCAUGGUUGUAAUGGUAGACAACGUACUGAAAAGGAAUACAGAGAUUUGGCUGCAUCUGCAGGUUUCAAAGUUGAUGCUUUUGUCAAAGAUUAUUUAAUUAUUAUGUCAAAGAUUGAAAGCAAUUAA